AUGUCUGUCGAAUUGGACCCGGCGGAACUCGGCUUCCGACGCCCCUUUACUCAAGAAGUCUCGCAAACCCUGCGCCUUUCCAACCCCAACAGCGACCCGGUUGCGUUCAAGGUCAAGACUACUGCGCCCAAACAGUACUGUGUCCGGCCCAACUCCGGCCGCAUCGAAAGUGGCCAGCAUGUCGAGGUGCAAGUCCUCCUCCAAGCCAUGAAAGAAGACCUUCCUCCCGAUGCCAAGUGCCGCGACAAGUUCCUCGUCCAAUCCGUCGCCGUCAAAGCCGAUAACGAGACCAACGUGUCCCAGAUCUGGAGCAAUAUCGAGCAGAAUGCGAAGAGCAGUAUUCAGGAGAAGAAGAUUCGCGUCAUCUUCCUACCCGCAGAUGGCGACGCUGCUGCUGGGGCGGGCGCUGCUGCAACUGCAUCCGCCGCGACGAAUGGCGUCAAGGGUCAUGAUGAAGAGCCUGCCUCCUACUCUUCCCCCAACGCCUCCACCGUGACACCACAAAAGUCGGGCGCUGCCGAACACAUGUCCACCCCUGGGACCUCUUCCAUCCCGACCACGCAGGAUGAUAUAAAGCGACAGCUGGAAGAGGCCAAGGCACAAAUCUCACGAUUACAAGGGCAGGUGCAGGAAGGACUCCGACAGCGGAAACCGCAGGAAGCGGCAGAAAAGGCGGUCAAUUCGGUGCAACGGAGCCUUCAAAAUGCUCCUGCUCCCGGCGGCGUUCCGGUGCAGAUUGUUGCCGCCUUGUGCUUGCUGGUGUUUUUGAUCGCGUGGUUGUUCUUCUAG